GAAGAUAUUCCCCUUUUUCAUUCGCGCUAACACACACCCCUUCAUCCCCCUCCCUCCCUUCUUUCCCGAGUUUCGGAAAACUGGAAGGUCGUAGAGGAAACGUUUAAACAACUGCAAGUUCUGGGGAAUGCAGCAGGUUCCUUCAUUAUUGUGGACACUACGCAAGAAGCCAUUGCCAGAUGCUGCCCAUAUUUGGAAAUGUUUCAGAUGUCAGAUUAAUGGACUGCAAUUUCCUGAAGACUUGAACACUGACAUAUCUGAAAAAAAGUUUCCCAUCAUCCCACGCUUUGGAACCCUAAUUCUUAAGUCAUUUUUUCUCUACUGCCCCCUGGUGGCCGAAUCACUGUGUGUGCUCGCGCACUACAAACGGCCUGGCACUGCCCAACUGAAUGGUCUUGAAUUUAAUGUGGAAUGACACCUGCGUGCUGUUUGACUAAAGGGCGUAUUACUCAUAACAGGGAGACAGGACACAUAUUAUCAUUAGCAUAUCAUUGAUUAAGAGCUUCAGAAGGUUGCAGUGUCUCUCUCCCAACCACUGGCCUUCCUUCUGCCCAAUCCUUUGACUUCUUUCAAGGUUACCCUUCAUGUCAGAGGAACUGCCAAAUGUGGGCAUUCCUGUAGUCUCCGUGCUCUCCAGGGCUGAGGUGUACUAACGGUCCUUAGGGCCACAUAGCUCUGGGCCUCUGCUGAAGGCUCCUCCCCUGCUCAGCUCCUCCGACCCACCCCAAUCUCCUCUCCCCGCCCUGCCCCGCCCUGCUAUACCUGGUAAAGAUGAACGACACCCAGGACCUGGCGUCCCCGGCGGCUGCCCUCAGCACCGUCCCCGCUGCCUGCGUCUCCAAAGUGGAGCUGCGGGUGUCCUGCAAGGCCCUGCUGGACCGGGACACCCUCAACAAGUCCGACCCCUGCGUGAUCCUCAUGGUGCAGGCACAGGGACAGUGGACCGAGCUGGACAGGACCGAGGUCAUCAAGAGCAACCUGCACCCCGUGUUCGCCAAGGUCUUCACCCUGGACUACUACUUCGAGGAGGUGCAGAAGCUGCGCUUCGAGGUGUACGACAUCCACGGGGCGCACAGCAUCGGCGCGCGCGACGAUGACUUCCUCGGGGGCGUGGAAUGCACUCUCGGCCAGAUUGUAGCCCAUAAGAAGAUGAUGAAGCCACUGUUCUUGAAGUAUGGGAAAUAUGCGGGCAAAUCCACCAUAACGGUUCAUGCUGAGGAAAUAUCGGGGAACAACGGUUACGUUGAGCUUUCCUUCUGUGCCAAGAAGCUGGAUGAUAAGGACCUCUUCAGCAAGUCAGACCCUUUUUUGGAAAUCUACAAGAUCAACGAUGAUGGAUCCGAGCAGUUAGUUCACAGGACCGAGGUGGUUAAGAAUAACCUGAACCCUGUGUGGGAGCCCUUUAAAGUGUCCCUCAGUUCCCUGUGCAGCUGUGACGAGGACAGGCAGCUGAAGUGCCUAGUCUGGGACUACGACUCCAGGGGUAAACACGACUUCAUCGGGGAGUUUUAUGCCACCUUCAGAGAAAUGCAAAAGAUUGGAGGAGGAAGCAAGGUCACAUGGGAUUGCGUGAAUCCGAAGUACAAGCUGAAGAAGCGGAACUACAAAAAUUCAGGCGUGGUGAUUCUCAGUGAUCUCAAGCUCCAUCGGGUCUAUUCCUUCCUGGACUACAUAAUGGGAGGAUGCCAGAUUCACUUUACAGUGGCCAUUGAUUUCACAGCAUCCAACGGGGACCCUCGAAACAGCUGCUCCCUGCACUACAUCAACCCCUACCAGCCCAAUGAGUACCUGAAGGCCUUGAUAGCAGUUGGCGAGAUAUGUCAAGAUUACGACAGUGACAAAAGGUUCUCUGCUCUUGGUUUUGGUGCAAGAAUUCCACCAAAUUAUGAGGUCUCCCAUGACUUUGCCAUCAAUUUCAACCCAGAAGAUGAUGAAUGUGAAGAAAUCCAGGGCGUGGUGGAAGCGUACCAGAACUGCCUCCCUAAGAUCCAGCUCUACGGUCCCACCAACGUGGCCCCCAUCAUCAGCAGACUAGCCAAACUGGCUGCAGGGGACGGCACCAUCAAAGACGCCUCGCGGUACCACAUCCUGCUGAUCCUGACGGACGGGGUGGUGACGGACAUGGCGGACACGCGCGAGGCCAUCGUGCGCGCCUCCUACCAGCCGCUGUCGAUCAUCAUAGUGGGCGUGGGCAACGCCGACUUCACCGACAUGCAGAUCCUGGACGGGGACGACGGGGUGCUGCGUUCGCCGAAGGGGGAGCCGGUGCUGAGGGACAUAGUGCAGUUCGUGCCCUUCAGAGACUUCAAAACGGCCUCCCCUGCUGCCCUGGCCAAGUGCGUCCUCGCCGAAGUGCCCAAGCAGGUGGUCGAGUAUUACAGCCACAAGGCCAUCUCCCCCAAAUGCCCCCACCUCCUGGAUUCGCCCACCUCCCCUGCCAACACCCCCGAGUAGAGGAGACGCACGACCGCAAGCAACCCCGGCCCGGCAUGGUCUCAGCUGUUCGGUGGGUGAAAGAUUUGGGUUGCAAGGACGAGAUCAAAAAGAGAUUAAAAAAAAAAAAAAAAAAAAAAA